AUGGCGAUUGCUGCCACCCCUGUAAACUACCCGCGUGGCGAGCCGCCGUCGCGAUGUGCAGAGUGUGGGAAUGUUCUUGUGGACGCUCUGGUCCUCUCUUGCGGCCACGACCUGUGCCUCGCGUGCGCGGCCAGCGCUCUGCGCCAGACUCGCUCGCUGAGCGGCCGGACGGUGCGAUGCCUGCUCUGUCCUAGCAUCACGGAGCUGUGCGAGGAAGCAGCUGCAACCCUGACCGCGGAGCAGAAACUUGAGCAAGGUGGCUUUCAGCCGCAGCUGCUCCCACAGCCGCAGGCCUGCUCCGCGUGGAUACCACCUCCAGGUGCCCGUACCGGCACGGCGCUCUACCCGCCCCGAAUCCCCAACGAACGCGCAGUGCGUGGGUUGCGGGAGGCCGAGAGCCCUCACAGCCAGGACGGCUCCGUGCCGCGGGCUGCGCUUGCAACGCCGCUCACAGCUGUCAAUGCCCUGCGACCCCAGGCAUCGACGUCCUCCGUCAGCCCAGUCCAGUGGCAAAGAACCCCGGAACCAGUGGUUGUGGAGGAGCCAAGCCGCCCGUCAGGACGAACGGUGCACAUCUACAGGUGUCCAGAGCACCCGGAAGAGCCAGCAACAUACUUCUGUGCAACGUGCGAGUGCCCUUGCAUUUGUGCAGAAUGUGUGAUUCAAAAGAAUGGCCGGCACCGCGAUCAUGAGGUCUUGCGCGUGGGGCGAGCGCAUGAGGUUCUGAAGUCCAGAGCCGGGGCGCUGCUUGAUGAGGCGAUCGCUCUCGAGGAUGAUUUCUCCAUGGUCGGAGACCGGCUCGCUUGGCGAAGAAAGGACAUCGAGCGCGCCGCAGCGCGUGGACGCGCGAGUGUGCGCAGUGCCUUUGCUCGAGUCCGAGCUCAGUUAAACGAAAGAGAAGCCGAACUCUUGGAGCCGCCUGCUCGGUCUCUGGAUGCCUACGAGAGCGGCUCCCUUUCAAGCCUUGACACGGGACACGCCGAAUAUGGCAGUCGGCUGAGUGAGCUUCGGAAGCUCCAGGAGAAUCUCCGAUCCCGCUGCCGCAACGAUGGCGAUGCUGUAGAGGCACUGAAUACCUUCUCCGCUGCGAAGGCUGCAAUCACAAGCCUGAGGGAGGCUUUUCGCCAGGAGGAAUACAACGCUGCAUCUCCGCCAGACGAGUUUGUGGGGCUGGCGGGCAGUGCCCGGGCUGAGCUGGAUCUCCAUGCGGAGGGCCUCGCAAGCCUUGAAGAGGGAUCGUGCCUGUCGUGGGCUUUCCAGGCUGUGGCGAGUCUCUGUGAACGUGGGGUGGAUCUGCCAAACAAGGCGUCUGCAACUGCUCCGGCCGUGAGGCCGCUUCCGGGCACCGUGCAACCACAGUUCUCCUUGCAGCCUCGAUCUGGAAGUGUCGGAUACCCAUCGACCGUGAGACAGGGAUGA